GACAGCGAGCGUUAUGUAUCACCGAGUUGUGAGCCAUUGACAGCCGUUAGAACAACAACAACAACAGUACGUGUUUGUUGAUGCUGCCAGAUCUCGAGGAUAACAACCGAUUUCAAGAAGCGCAGCAUAGUUAUAAAAAUGGGCGAUAAAUGUCGCCUUUGCCUGAAUACCCUGCCAAAAGGUUCAGCAGUUUCGAUAAAGGAUGCACAACUGGAGAAAGAAUUGAGAGACGUGUUUUGCAACGUCAUUGUAUAUGACGCACAGCUACCGGAAUAUGUGUGUACGAAAUGCCGGGGCGAUGUGUCCUAUAUCCAUUCCUACUGCCAAGAGGUUUUGGCAAACCAGCAGCAAUUGAUGAGCGAACUAAGAGAUGUCCUUUCACAGUCCGACGAAGAAAUGGUCGAAGAUACUCAUUGCGAUAACGAUUUGCUAUCGCCAACAGAGCAGGCGAUAGUACUAGAAGAAAACUCGUUCCAGCUAGAUCCAUCUUUCGAUUCGGCCGUAUCGGACGAUGGGUAUGGUCCAGCGCUAGCGACAAGCGACACUGAAGAUGUGGCGGUGAACGAGAAAGACGAUGGAAAGGCUGAACCGAAGCGAAUGUGCAGCAAGAAAGAUACAAGUCUAGCAGAUGGAAGUUCUAGAAGGUCACGUUCCAAGCAAGUGGAUAACGAGAAGAUUAUACAGGACUUUUUUAAGCUCGAAUGUGAGAUCUGCUCAGUACCGCUGGGAAGUUUUGGAUCGUUGCAGAACCAUUACCGUGACGAACAUCAAACAAAUGGCUAUGUAAGAUGCUGCGAUAAACAGUAUUUCAUUCGGUCCUGCCUUGUCGACCAUAUUGGAGCGCACCUGGGUUCGAUCCGGUGCGAGAUUUGCCAGAAAAGUUACAAAACCAAGCGAUAUCUUCAGCAGCAUAUGACCGAAAGUCACAGUAGCGCCGAGGCUAGGCCCUUUAAAUGCACCGAAUGCCACAAGUCCUACUCGAAAGAGCAUCUGCUGCGAGCCCACAUGCAGCGGCACAUAAAGCAACAGUGCAACAUCUGCCAAAAAAUGCUGUCCAACCAGAAUUCUCUAAAAGUGCACAUUGCCCAGGUGCACAGCGGCGAUGCGAAUCAGAUUUGCGACACGUGUGGUAAAGUGUUUCGCACCAAACCCGCCAUGGAGCGGCACAUCAAGCUGGACCAUCAGCCACAGCUAGUGACCUGGGAGCAGUGUCGGCAGUGCGAAAAGUGGUUCGACUGUAAAUCAAAUCUGAAGAAACAUAUCCGACUUAUACACGACCAAAGUGGCUCCUUCCCUUGCGACCAGUGCGAGCAUGAGAGUGUUACGCGUAGGGCUCUGGUGCACCACAAGAACCGUAUACACAAGCGGAAGCAGCUGUUCGAGUGUGAUCUGUGCGGUAAAACGGUCAAUUCAAAGUUGGUCCUGCGUGAGCACAUGGCCACACAUUCAAAAAUUCCACUCUACUCUUGCGAAUUCUGCGACACCACGUUCAACUCGAAUGCCAAUAAGUAUAAGCAUUACAAGAGCAAACACUUAAGAAAAUGGCAAGAUCUGAAACAGCAAAAACUGUUAGAAAAGAUAGGCACAGGCAAAAUUCUAUCUUGAAUGGCUUCUAGUUCGCUAUUGCCAUGUAACAAUUAAUGUACGCAUUAAACACUUUUUUCUAAAUAAUGGUAAAGCACGUAAAA